AAGUGGCUGUGAACCUGCUGCUCUGCUCUGUUGUCUGCAGACUGUACAACGGAUGGCGCACACAUGGACUAAAUACCGCUCUGAAAUAUAAAGCCACACCGAAGUCUCGUCUUUGUAUCGUCAGGGAGCUCCAUAAAUGUCUCCAACAUGGCAGAGGUUGUUCGGACGACAGGUUUAAUGUUAUAUCUCUGGAGUGUUUUCAUGCAGUUCAGUCGCGUGUCAGGUCUUGGGAUCAAUGAGCUGCUUUAUUUCCGGGUCAUCAGCCCAGAGGAGAUAGGGUACAUCUUUAGUGCAGCACCUGCUAAAGAUUUUGGAGGAGAUUUUACGUCAUCUUAUGAUGAGAUUUUCCUCGUGCCAGCAGACCCAGCAGAUGGCUGCUCAGACCUGGAAGACAGGGAAAUCAUCCAUGGACAAGUAGUCCUGGUGGAGAGAGGAGGUUGCUCCUUUGUACAGAAGGCCCGACAUGUAGAGGAAGCAGGAGGCAAAGCUGUUCUGAUCGCUGAUAAUGCAGUGGACAAUGACAGUCAGUACCUUGAUAUGAUCACCGAUGGAAGCACAGCUAAACCAAGCAUACCUGCUCUGUUCCUGCUGGGCCGCGAUGGGAUGAUGAUCAGGCGAUCUCUUCAGAGACAAGCGCUGCCGUGGGCUGUCAUUUCCAUUCCUGUCAAUGUUUCCUCUUUGGCCUCAUUCCCACUAAAGCAGCCGCCAUGGACACUGUGGUAGAAAUGACGCACACCCACAACUUCACACACUUCCUCACUCAAUAAACACCCUGUCAUCAGUGCAUAUCAUGUCAGCUUUGAAUAAACUCGCACCCUCACAGGGAAAUUCUUCAGUGGUAUUUAAACAAAUUCACAAGCUCUAGUGAACCGGUAAAUUUAACAUACAUACACAUGAUUAUAUCACGCUCAAACACGCGGCCAAAGACACAUGGAGGGAACCUUUAAACAGUGUCUGAAUGGACUCUACGUAACAGCUGCUGAAACAGGUGAUGACAGACAAACUCAACAAGAAACAUGCAUGUUUUCUCUCAGCGCUCAGUUGAAGUUGACUGAAUUAGCAGGUGGUUUUGAAGAUAAGCAAUCUGUUUAUCAGUUGAGUCAUCUCCAGGAACUUCUGUACAGAUCGUUUGUCAGUGUUGAAAAUGAAAAACUGGAUACAUGUUUAUACAACACAUGCAGACUGAUACACCAUUUUUUUUGCCUUGUUAAGCAGCAUAAGUUGUUGUGUAGGACAGUACGGAGGGAAAAACAGGCCAGGACACUAUUUAUUAAACUUCACUACAAUACAGCGCACCAAGAAUGUCAUCUCACUGUAAUAAUGUUAAUGAAUUCCUACUUAUCUGCAUGACCAAAAUGAACAUUGUUUCUCCUACGGUUAAUAAAUAUAAAAUGACUUUUGUUGCAUUUCAGACCAGCAGUUAUUGCCUUUCUGAGGUACGACCAUACACACAUUUUUCUGUCUGCUUGUGCCUGAAGCUUAAUCGCUCAGACAACACCUUAUAAGCAGUAAAACGUGUUGCACUCAUUGACUUUGCAUUCAUAUCCACUGUCAUUUUCAAUAUCUGUGAUCCACAAAAAUGUAUUCAGAGCAGCUUAUUUGAACAGGAUUGAUGAGGUAUGGUGUUUGGGAAAAAGUGGAGACAAAGUAAAGAUAAUAAAAAUACUAGGUAUGACAGGUAUGUGAAAACAACAAUACAAAUUAUGAAUAUGUUGCAAUGCUGUGAAAGAGUCUAGUCUGCAAAAAAUAAAGACGCAAUUAUAUUGUGGUA